CAAUCAUUCAUUCGCCAUUUUGUUUCUUGCGGCGUACGUUGCAUGUGUUACGUUUCAUUACGUGAAAAUGUGUAAUUUUUAAUAAACAUAGCAAAGUAACAACAGCAAUUGAGUUGUAAUUUGAAUAUUGUCGAAUAUAAGUAAUCGUCUUCACGAUGUAUGAUACUGAAGACGAUCAAUAUGAGGAGGAAGAUGUGGAAGAAAUAUCUUCAGAGCUCUGGCAGGAAGCCUGUUGGAUUGUCAUCAACGCAUACUUUGAUGAAAAAGGUUUGGUACGACAGCAGCUCGAUAGUUUCGAUGAAUUUAUUCAAAUGUCUGUGCAGCGCAUUGUCGAAGAUUCGCCACCAAUCGAAUUGCAGGCUGAAGCUCAACAUUCAUCCGGUGAAAUUGAAACACCGCCGAAAUACCUGCUGAAGUUUGAUCAAAUUUAUUUGUCCAAACCGACACAUUGGGAAAAAGAUGGUGCACCGUCUCCUAUGAUGCCUAAUGAAGCCCGACUUCGGAAUUUGACAUAUUCCGCACCUCUUUACGUAGACAUAACAAAAACUAUUGUUAAAGAAAAUGAGGAUCCUAUUGAGACACAACAUCAGAAGACCUUUAUAGGCAAGAUUCCAAUUAUGUUGAGAUCCACAUACUGUUUAUUAAGCAAUUUAACUGACAGAGAUUUAACUGAAUUGAAUGAAUGCCCCCUGGAUCCUGGUGGCUACUUUAUUAUCAACGGCUCUGAAAAAGUUUUAAUUGCCCAAGAGAAAAUGGCAACCAAUACAGUGUAUGUAUUUAGUAUGAAGGAUGGAAAAUAUGCAUACAAAACAGAAAUUCGUUCUUGCCUUGAACAUAGUUCAAGGCCCACAUCUACACUAUGGGUGAACAUGAUGGCCCGUGGUGGGCAAAAUAUGAAGAAAUCAGCUAUCGGGCAAAGAAUUAUUGCCAUUGUCCCUUAUAUCAAACAAGAAAUCCCUAUUAUGAUUGUAUUCCGAGCUCUUGGUUUUGUAGCUGAUAGAGACAUCUUGGAACACAUUAUUUAUGACUUUGAUGAUCCUGAAAUGAUGGAAAUGGUGAAACCAUCUCUUGAUGAGGCCUUUGUCAUUCAAGAACAGAAUGUUGCAUUGAAUUUUAUUGGUGCUCGUGGAGCACGCCCUGGUGUGACAAAAGAGAAGCGUAUUAAAUAUGCUAGAGAAAUUCUACAGAAAGAAAUGUUACCACAUGUGGGUGUGUCAGACUUUUGUGAAACUAAAAAGGCCUACUUUUUAGGAUACAUGGUGCACAGAUUAUUGCUAGCUGCUUUAGGUCGUAGAGAAUUAGAUGACCGUGAUCACUAUGGUAAUAAAAGAUUGGAUUUGGCAGGACCUUUGUUGGCCUUUUUAUUCAGAGGUUUGUUUAAGAAUUUGUUGAAGGAAGUCAGAAUGUAUGCCCAAAAGUUCAUUGACAGAGGAAAAGAUUUUAAUCUUGAAUUGGCCAUCAAAACAAAGAUCAUUACAGAUGGACUGCGGUAUUCAUUGGCUACAGGUAACUGGGGUGAUCAGAAGAAAGCUCAUCAAGCCCGAGCUGGAGUGUCUCAGGUGUUGAAUAGACUUACCUUUGCAUCAACAUUGUCACAUUUACGACGCGUAAACUCACCUAUAGGACGUGACGGUAAACUGGCUAAACCACGUCAAUUGCAUAACACAUUGUGGGGCAUGAUAUGUCCAGCUGAAACUCCAGAGGGUGCUGCUGUUGGCCUUGUAAAGAACCUAGCCCUGAUGGCUUACAUUUCUGUAGGAAGUCAACCAUCUCCCAUUUUAGAGUUUUUGGAGGAGUGGUCAAUGGAAAAUCUAGAAGAAAUUGCUCCCUCUGCUAUUGCUGAUGCCACAAAAAUAUUUGUCAAUGGGUGUUGGGUUGGUAUCCACAGAGAUCCUGAACAGCUCAUGGCAACCUUAAGAAAACUGAGACGUCAAAUGGACAUCAUUGUGUCAGAAGUCAGCAUGAUUCGUGACAUCAGAGACAGGGAAAUCAGAAUUUAUACAGAUGCUGGCAGAAUCUGCCGACCCUUACUCAUUGUUGAAAAUGGAGCCCUGUUGUUAAAGAAAAAACAUAUUGACAAUCUUAAAGAACGAGAUUACAACAAUUAUGGCUGGCAAAACUUGGUAGCUAGUGGUGUAGUGGAAUACAUUGACACUCUAGAAGAAGAAACAGUGAUGAUUGCUAUGAGUCCUGAUGACCUUGCUCAAGUGAAAGAGUAUGCUUAUUGCACUACUUACACACAUUGUGAAAUUCACCCAGCUAUGAUACUGGGUGUCUGUGCAUCAAUUAUUCCAUUCCCUGAUCACAACCAAAGUCCCAGAAACACCUAUCAAAGUGCUAUGGGUAAGCAAGCUAUGGGAGUUUACAUUACUAAUUUCCAUGUGAGAAUGGACACACUUGCUCAUGUGUUGUACUAUCCACACAAACCCCUGGUUACUACACGAUCCAUGGAAUACUUACGAUUCAGAGAACUGCCUGCAGGUAUUAAUUCCAUUGUUGCUAUUCUAUGCUACACUGGAUAUAAUCAAGAAGACAGUGUUAUCUUGAAUGCUUCUGCUGUAGAAAGAGGGUUCUUCAGGUCUGUUUUUUACCGCUCUUAUAAAGAUUCUGAAUCCAAGAGAGUUGGAGAUCAAGAGGAACAAUUUGAAAAGCCCACAAGGCAAACCUGUCAGGGCAUGCGUAAUGCACUGUAUGACAAACUGGAUGAAGAUGGUAUUAUUGCACCUGGAAUCAGAGUGUCUGGUGAUGAUGUGGUUAUUGGAAAAACAAUUACCCUACCUGAAAAUGAUGAUGAAUUGGAAGGAACCACAAAACGCUAUUCAAAACGUGACGCAUCCACUUUCUUGCGUAACAGCGAAACUGGUAUUGUGGACCAGGUUAUGUUGACACUGAAUAGUGAGGGAUAUAAGUUUUGCAAAAUUCGUGUGAGAUCCGUGCGUAUUCCUCAAAUUGGAGAUAAGUUUGCUUCUCGUCACGGACAAAAAGGUACCUGCGGUAUUCAAUACAGACAAGAAGAUAUGCCUUUUACUUGCGAGGGAUUAACACCCGACAUCAUUAUUAAUCCUCACGCUAUCCCCUCUCGUAUGACAAUUGGUCACUUGAUUGAAUGUAUUCAGGGGAAAGUGUCUUCUAACAAAGGCGAGAUUGGCGAUGCUACACCAUUUAAUGACGCUGUAAAUGUACAGAAAAUAUCAUCGCUAUUGCAAGAAUAUGGAUACCAUCUACGUGGUAAUGAAGUAAUGUACAAUGGACAUACUGGCCGAAAAAUAAACGCACAAGUAUUCUUGGGACCUACAUAUUACCAGCGUCUUAAGCAUAUGGUCGACGACAAAAUUCACUCUAGAGCUAGAGGCCCCGUGCAGAUUUUAGUUAGACAACCUAUGGAAGGCAGAGCCAGGGAUGGCGGGCUACGUUUUGGUGAGAUGGAACGUGAUUGUCAAAUUGCUCAUGGAGCAGCUCAAUUCUUGCGAGAGCGUCUUUUCGAAGUAUCCGAUCCGUAUCGCAUCCAUGUUUGCAAUUUCUGCGGGUUGAUAGCGAUUGCCAACUUACGAAAUAAUACGUUUGAAUGCAAAGGAUGCAGAAACAAAACACAAAUAUCGCAGAUUCGACUGCCGUAUGCUGCUAAACUGCUGUUCCAAGAACUCAUGUCUAUGAAUAUCGCCCCACGGUUGAUGGUAGUUAAUUAAGAUUAGUAAAUAAGUUAAAUGUAUCAAUGUAUUGAGAUGAUGUUACACACAUUUUUCAAAUUAAAGUCUUUUAACAUUU